CUGCCUCAUCCUCAAUGUCUCUCGCUCCCUCAUGCACCAGUGUGCUCUGAGCGUUGGUGACGGCAGCCCUGCAGAGACAAAAGACGAGCAGCUGUUUCGAUGUUGGUGUUCGUCAGGCAGGUGGAGAGCAGAAAAAUGGAAUCAAUACUAUUGUCUGUAACCUACCUGCCGCUGGGCUCUCUGUCUGGCCCCAGCAUAGACCAUCAGAGAAAGAGAGGAAACACAGACUCCCUCUGACUGGGAACAGAAAAGAAGAGGCAGACUAUAAGAAGCAUUCAACUCCAUCUUCAUUUGCCCCUCUCCCCGACACCGCCGCCUCCCACCUUGGCUCGCUCCAUCUCUGCUCUGCAGUAAAACUGGUGCAUUGAGGCAGCAGGAAAAUCGGGGGAGACAAUAGAAUUGAGGGAAGUAUGGAGGGGAGUCCGUGAUACUCUGCUUUCAAUCCCAAACAUGUUUAAGAGACAUGAGCAGGAUAUUUUUAAGAUCUUAUGUUAAAUUUCAUGUGGGAUAUAUAUACCUUGAAUUCAUAUUCAAAGUUUAGAUUUUUCAAGCUACUGAAUAUUACACAUCCCUCUGGUGUGGUCACUAUGGUUGUUGUAAUUCAGGAUUUGAAUAAAAACAAUUCAUACAGAAACCUUUGCGUGAGAUUGUUGCUCAUGCUGCAAAAUGUGCACGUCUGCUUUGUGUCUGGUGUGUGUUAGCUUGCUGUUCAGGACGUCUCUGAGCUGCUUCCAGUGCUUUGUUGAUGUUCCUGACAGUCUCCGCCUGUGUUGGGGUCACAUUUUGACUGAACACAAUGUUAGAAAUGUUGACGCCUGCUUCAGGAUGCUGGACCGCAUAUUCAACAACCAUAAGAGAGUAAUUAACGCUGGGAGAGUGGGUGGAGGUUAUGACAAACAACUGAAAAAAAUUCUGGAUGCAGAGAUCCUGCCCAUGGUGAAAGAGUUCCAUGGAAAGCAGAAUAAUGACACAGUGUAUGAGGAAAGAUUGCAGACGGCAGCAGACAAUUUCAUCGCAGCUGCCUCCAAACUGCCUAGAGUCUCCGGAUGCUUCCCUCCUUGUGGUUUUCAGAGUGCAGGUGCAGUAUACAACUGUAUUACCUGCCAGUAUGACUCCUGUGAAUUCCCUCUCGACUGUCCAAUUAAAGAGAUGAAUGCAACAGAGAACAGCAGGAGCCAAAUGUGGUGUGAAGUGCCAUUCCACUUACCCAACGACAUCGAGAUGAUCUGGAGGGUUGCAGAAGAGCGGAAAACCCAGCAGGUGGAUCAGUUUAAAGAAGUGACUGCGGGGUUGGACAGGCUCUACGCCAUACCUUCAACCAGCUUGCAGCAUCAGGGCACCUACCAGUGUGAGAUCUACUCAGGCCAACGCUCCAUUGUCAGGCUUUACUACUAUCUCACAGUGACCCCCCAGGUUGUGGCAGGCCACACAGAGCUGCAGGAGAUAUUCGACCUGUCUCUGCUCCCAGGAGGGCGGUUACUCCCUGCGCCUGGUGGUUCGGCCCGCUCCCUCCUCCUCCUCCCCUCGCCACUGCUUCUCACCGCCUGUUUAACUGCUUUGCUUCUGCUGCUGUUCCUCUCCCUGGGAGUUCUGUAUUGGUCAUCUAAACAUGAGCAAACACAUGAUGAUGAACAUGCAGAUGAUGAUGGAGAUACAGAUGAGGAUUUGGGAUUCUGA